AUGUCUGACCUGGUCGGCUUCAAUGGUACUGGCGUGUACAACUCGUCCACAACUCCCACAAGCUUACCCUGGAACACCUACAACUACUGUAACGCUCCCCACGUUACGGCUGGUCACUAUGAAGCGCUCGAGGGAGCUGAACUCGUAUAUCUGAAUCUCAUGAUGCGCCACCACAAGCGCACUCCAGACAACCUAUACCCAGAUGAAGAGAACUUCAACCCGUCUUCGGGCUGGGACUGCUCCGACUUCAUGCCCUUUAACUACGGCGGCCCCGGCGGCACGCGCGUUCAGCAUCAAGUUACCAACCCGGCAGAUCAUCCUUUCGCUUCUCUUAUGUGGAGGGGGACCUGUGACGAAGGACAGCUGACCCGUGCCGGCUUUGAGGACGCUCGCAAACAUGGAGAGGACUUCUGGUCCGUGUAUCACACCGAACUACACUUCUUGGAUCGGGUGUCUCCUGAGAAGCUCUACGUGCGCACUGGACCCAGCGACCGGACUAAUCAAGUCGCAUCAGCGCUACUGGCCGGCAUGGACUCCUCCCUCGAGCACAGUAGCUUCACCGUCUAUACUGAACCUUCGACAAUUGAUGGCCUAGUACCGUCGUACAGCUGCCCCGCAGCGGAUGAUAUUCGGAGCGCAUACCAGUCCGUCCCGGCAUGGACCGACCAUCUGGAUCAGUUCUCCGAUCUGCAAACUCGACUGGGCUCGAUGACCGGUACAGAGGGCCUAGCGGCCUGGGAAAGUUGGUAUGAUCAUUACUUUGACACCUUCACCUCGCGGACAUGCCAUGGUCAUCCCCUUCCGUGCAAUGCCACGAGCGGCGUAUGCGUGUCAGAAGAGGACGCGAAUCUCGUACACGCUCUCGGUGACUUCGAGUACAACUAUAUCUGGAAUACUGCACAGAACAGCACGGAAUAUAACGAGCUUACCUUCGGGGUGAUGUACAAAGAACUAGCGAACAACUUCCAAUCAUUCGCAGCGGGCAAGGAAACGAAGAAAGCGCGCUUGUAUGUCGGGCAUGACGGAUCUAUGAUACGACUUGCUGCAGGAUUAGGCCUAGGGAAUGUAUCUCCACUGCGUUGGCCCGCUCUAGGUAGCGAGAUAAUCAUGGAGGUAUGGUACCGGGACGGGGACUUUGUAGUUCGCGUCAUGCACGAAGGUGUUCCUGUAGCCGGGAUGGACCGUAUUCCUCUUUCAGAGUUCAUACAAAAUCUCGAAGCGCACGUCCCUGAUAAUCUCAUGGAGCGCUGUUUGGGUACGAAUAGUACCGUUUGA